AUGUCUCAGUACGCUAGUUCGUCUACCUGGACUUCUUUUUUGAAGUCAAUUGCCUCUUUCAACGGGGAUCUUUCAUCUUUGACGGCACCACCAUUCAUCUUAUCCCCAGUUUCGUUGACCGAGUAUUCAGAAUACUGGGCAGAACAUCCAGAUUUGUUUCUUGGACCCACAUUCAUCAAUGAACCAGACAGUGAAGGUACUCCUCCAGAGCUACUACGCUUGCUAGGUGUUGUGAAAUGGUUUAUUUCCACGUUGAAGUCUCAAUACUGCUCCCGUAAUGAGUCUAUGGGAUCGGAGAAAAAACCUUUGAAUCCAUUCUUGGGUGAGGUGUUCGUCGGUAAGUGGAACAACUCUUCCAACCCUGAGUUCGGUGAAACCGUGUUACUAUCUGAACAGGUAUCCCACCAUCCUCCAAUCACUGCUUACACUAUUUUCAACGACAAGAAUCAGGUCUCCUUGGAAGGUUACAACCAGAUCAAGGCUUCCAUUUCUAAAAUGUCUUUGAGUGUCAAGCAAUUCGGCCAUGCUAUCUUGAAGUUCGGUAAGUUGGAUGAACAAUACUUGAUCACGUUGCCACCUUUGCACAUUGAAGGUUUGUUGGCUGCUUCUCCAUUUGUAGAGUUGGAAGGAAAAGCUUAUAUCCAGGCCUCCAACGGACUCUAUUGUGCCAUGGAGUUUUCAGGCAGAGGUUACUUUAGCGGGAAGAAGAAUUCAUUCAAAGCAAGAAUCUUCAAGGAUUUCAAGGAUUCAGAAGAUAAGCACAACGCCUUGUACACGAUAUCUGGCCAAUGGUCCAAGAUCUCUCAUAUCUCCGCUGGUAAAUCGAAGAGCGGCGAGAAAGUAUUUUACGAUGCAUCUAAAACUAGUGUGGAAACCUUGACAGUUAAGAGCAUAGACGAACAGCAUCCACUGGAAUCAAGAAAGGCUUGGAGACACGUAGCAGAAGCUACAAAGCUUGGCAAUUUCGAUCUCAUCCACCAGGAAAAGACCAAACUUGAAGAAGCUCAAAGAGAACUAAGAAGAGAAGAGGAAAGUAAAGGUAUCGACUGGGAAAGAAGAUGGUUCAAAGACAUUGACUAUUCUAAUAAGGAACCUGAUGUUUUCGUCAAAUUGGCUGAAAUGGCAAACUUAUCCACUAAAAACUUGCCUAGUGGAACUUUAAUUCCAGAAGAAAAGAAGGAUGCCCCAGCUGUACACUGGAGAUUUAUCCGUGAAAACUGGGACAAAGAAGAGGAAAUCAAACUUUAA